UGUUAAUGUAGGUGCGCCGUUGUAAUCGUGAACGUUGAUAGAGAAUGUCGACAACGUUACUGUAAAUAUCAAAACACUGUCGUAAAAAGAUCGACCCGCUGGCGCAAAAAGUCUUUUCUAACCUUCAUCACUGGUUUAGCACGGAUGCAAGACAUUGGUCUUUCCAUGAAAAAGAGUGGAUAAUGAUAUAGUAGUGAUAUCAACAAAAGAAUGUCUAACAACAGUGUGCCACAUACUUCUUAUGGUUUAGACCAUCAAGGAAGACUUGUCCGAAUAGAAGCUGGUACAUCACAUCCGAAUGUUAGUCGACUAUCAAGUUUAGAACAGACUUUUAGGAGACUGAGUUCAAACUUUAGACAAGAUGAUACUACAAAUGACUCUACAAUUGAUGACCUUAUAAGAAAUUCAAUAUCUGAUGUGACAGAUCCAGAACUUUCGUCAGAUGUGACAGAUGGAGCUUCAUCUCCCAAUCAAACUACAGCAAGCAUUCCCCAGUUAAGCUCCGAUGAAGACAAAAGAUAUUGUUGGGUAUGCUUUGCAACUGAUGAGGAUGAUGCAACAGCUCCAUGGGUCAAACCUUGUCAUUGCCGUGGAACAGCCAAGUGGGUUCAUCAACGUUGUAUUCAACGUUGGGUGGAUGAGAAACAGAAAGGCAGAGCAGGUGCUCAUGUUGCAUGCCCACAAUGUAACACUGAAUAUAUUAUUGUAUACCCAAAUAUGGGCCCCUUGGUAGUAAUACUCGACACGAUAGAUGGUCUGAUCUUCCGAGCUUGUCCACUGAUAGCAGCAGGCAUCGUGGUUGGCUGUGUAUACUGGACAGCUGUUACCUACGGUGCGGUGACGGUGAUGCAAGUAAUUGGACACAAGGACGGUCUAUCGAUGAUGGAACAAGCUGACCCGCUGGUACUACUCGUUGGAUUGCCAACGAUUCCGAUCAUUCUCGUACUUGGCAAAAUGCUUGACUGGGAAGAUCAAGCUCUCAACUUGUUCAGGAGGCAUGCAUGUAAAGUUCCAAUUUUAAAGCGUUGUUCUGAAGAUGAAGGGGCAAGGUCCCAAGACGUUCCCCCAAUGAGUGACCCAGUAUCAGCCACGCGAGUUUUAUGUGGAGCUCUGUUACUACCUACGAUUGCAACUAUUUGCGGAAGAAUAUUUUUCUAUAGCAUAAACUCAAAUUUCCAAAGAACUUUACUGGGUGGAGUAGCAUUCAUAACAAUUAAAGGAGCCUUCAAGAUAUAUCACAAGCAGCAGCAAUAUAUCAGACAACGUCAAAGGCGUAUUAUGGACUAUACUGACACCAAUAUUGCGUUGUAUAGAAGACAAAGAAGUUCGGAUGAUAACCAGGCAAACUGAAUGUAUUUAAACCCAUUUUAAAUAGUUUUUAAAAAGGACCUGUACAAAUUAAUUAGCAUAGAAAAUGACAUAUGUUAAACGUUUAAUAGAUCAGUUGUUCGAGAAAAAAAACACUUUUUUUAAACAUUAUGAAUGCUUAUACAAGACUUACUGCUUGAAAAGUACUGUUUUGAUGAAUUAUACAUGUUUUCCCAAAAUACGUUUGAAUUACAAUGCUGUAAAGUGUUCUCUCAAAUAAUGCACAUAUUAAAAAUUAACUUAAAAAAAUAUGAACUAUUCAACGUUCAAUGUCACGAAAUAUUUCAAUUUAACUCUCUGCAAUUCUAUUAUAUUAUCUUAUUUUUCAUGAGUGGAAAGAUAUGUUGACAUUCUAGUUUUAAUAAUUUUCUUUUAAUUUUCCUCCGAAGCUUUUUCCUUCUAAUUUAAAUGUUUUAUAGAAAUGAGAUAGUAGCAACUGAAUGAUGUAUGAAUUAAUAACUUGAAUCCACGAUGUUUAUAAUUUUUUAUAAAUAGAAGUAUACAAUUAGCGUGCGACUAAGUUGAAUUUGUUGCAGAAAAUAUACAAAUCGGUUAUAUAUUUUUGAAUUUGUAAAAAAAAUUUCAAGAAUGAGUACGAUUUUAGAUAGUGUAAAUACUCGGAAAACGAUUUACCUUAAAGAACAUGUAUACAAUGUUUACAUCAUCCAGUAACGUAAGAAAAUAAACACAAAAUAACGUUUGUGAUAGUUUU